CCGCUUAAUUAAAUUGCAGAUCUUAUCCCCUAUUUACUGCCAUAGUAUUUAAUUUCCCUACUAUGGCUGCAAAUGGGGGAUGAGAUCUGUUUGGUAACUGACUUUCUUCCAUAUAUCUUCCUUUGUGUUCAGUAGAACAAAGAAAUGAAUACAGGUUUGGAACAACCUGAGGGUGAGCAAAUGAUGACCAAAUUUUUAUUUUUGGGUGAACUUUCCCUUUAAAUCAUAUUAGCUUUAUGGGUCAGUUGAACUUAAAUUGUUAUUGAACUGACUUAAAAAAAUCGAGUUGUAAAAUACACCUAGAUUUUUUAAGUCAGUUUAAUAUAAUUAAGUUAAGUUGACUCGUAAAGCUAAUUUUACGUAACUUAAAAAAGUUAAGGCCGCUGAAAUUGUUGACAUUUUUUAAUACAGUGUAGAUAGACAUGUAAUAGAUGCUUUUUGCUUUAUUUUUGAUGUAGGUUUUUGUCAUUUAAGAGUUUUUGUUCAAAGCACAGAACAGCAAUCCUGAUGCCACCAUUGAGAUCAGCGACCUGCUCCGUACCACAACAGAUAGAAAGUGCAGAAUAAAACAAACAGAAAAGAAGAUAUUUUGAAGAACAUUGGUAACCACAUUUCCGUUGUAUGAACACAAAACCACGGAGAUAUUUCUCAAAUAUAAACCAAGGGGAAAGUGCAUCAUCACUUCAUAGAUGACAGCGGCAGUCAAGCAUUGUCUUACAGGCUGGCUUACGGAACUCAAAACCUAGCUUUAUUCAUCGAUGGAUGUAUGACAGUGAGGUCCUUGGAGGAAUUUGAUUGAUCUUCUGUACUUCAACUGUCAAUCAAAGAUGAAUCCUAAGAACAGCUGGCUCUGCAUGCAAGAAUGUGUCCGGUUUGGUCUGGCGAGGUGGCUCGGAUGACCGGUGCAUUUUGAAGUGUUUCAAAGCGCAGUAGACCCAGCUCGAUUCAAAUGAAGAAAGACAGCCGUGGGCUCCGUCAAAGACCAUCUCUCCACCCGUGACAGGACUCGCGUUUCCGCCCGCUGACAGCCAGAAGUUCUUCCAGGUUCUUCGUCCCCAGACGCUCUCAGAAUGGACCUACUUUCCAGCCAGCAGAAGUGCUCACAGGAGCGCUGAGGAUUUCGGGGAAUAAAAGAACAAAUCCUUGAUCAGGAUUUUUUAUUGAAAUCUCUUGACGUUGACCACUCAGACGCCAUCCAUCACUUCGAGUUGAAAAGGAACCCCGAGGGGCCAAAGGAAUAAGUAUCACCCAAUCAUCCCGAGAUCCUUUGAUUUCAUAUCGUGUCGAGAGGAUCCUAAGCGAUACCGUUCGACGGGAGAUAAUUGAACUUCCUGCCGGCAGGCGAUUGAAAAUGGAGGACUAGAGGUUGAAGUGGUUUUUCUGGGGGGUCACCGCUCGGGAUCAGAUUGGAGCGUAGUUUUGACAUCCAACUGAUUCCUGUCUGUGGCUUUACUUUUUUGUCCUUUUGGCCAGUUCUCUAGAUAAGGGACGGAAGAGCUGAGGAAAAACAGGAUGUUGUGUUCGGUUGAACUUUUAGAUUAACAUUCAACAGUGUUGCUGUGUUGGUGCGGAAAGAAUCGAGAUAGGUAGCAGAUGGCAUGCCUUCGAUUAACAAUGUGGGGCAAACAAAUGCAAUUUUUGUUGCAUGCUUUAGCCUUAUUAUUCUGGUAGGGAUAAAUCGAAAGGCAGAAAGAGCACAAGACCAAAGACCAAUAGACGGCGAGCAAAAAGGGAGGUAGGGGGUCGAUGCUACAGAUAUGAGGUGUUAACUCCCGCCUGUUUGAUUAAGUUAGGCCUUUCCUAUUCAUCUUCUUUUCAUCUCAAAAAUGAGAUUUUUUCCUUUUUCAAAUGACCCUUAAGACUGUAACACACUGCAGAGACUGAGUUAGGGUGGGGAAACAGAGGGAGAGAGUUUGUUCCCAGCUGAAACAAAAUGUUCUCCUGCCUUCUUAUUCUUACAAUUUCAGCUAUUUACCUCAACCCUUCAUUUCUGUUUUCAUCCCCCUACUUACGCCUCUGGGAGAUCAGGCGAGAGAAUUGAGUUGUUUUAUCUUAGCUGGAAUCUUUUCAAUUUUUGCUUCCCUGACAGAUUUUUUUCUGUACCCGUUCACCCCGGACAAAAUGCAGUUGUAUCGCAAGUCAAAAUCAGGACCCUGAUAUCGUUCGGCGGGGGAGAGCCAGGCACUGAGAUAGAAAGAAGAGAGACCUUCUGAUGGAAGCCUAACCUCCGAUCUUAAAAAUAUCUGUUUUUUCUCAACCCCCACCUCCCCAAUCCGGUUCAGAGGUAUCCUCGGAUAUUCCUUCUUAGAUCCCUCUUUUUCCACGGAUCUGUCGGCGUUCUCGACGGGACGCAGCCAGCUUGUCUCGGUGCCAAUCCUUUCAUAUUAGCUCCUGGUGUCGUCUGCUUCAUUCAGUGGCGGUGCAGGCAGCCAGACGACCUUUCUCCAUGAGGAGCAGGGGAAGAUGCCGGCUCUGCCAGCGCUGCUGCUGUCGAUUCACCUCCUCCAGUUACUGCUGACCAUGGCCCCAUCCUCUCACAGCCAGACACCUGCUCUCGCAGCCGUCAGGAUGGCUGCUAUUUUAGAUGAUCAGUCAGCGUGUGGACGUGGAGAACGUUUGGCUUUGGCUCUCGCCCGAGAGAACAUCAACAGCGUGAUGGAGGCCCGAGCUCGUGUGGAGGUCGACAUCUUUGAGUUACAGAGGGACUCUCAGUACGAGACUACAGACACAAUGUGUCAGAUUUUGCCAAAGGGAGUGGUCUCUGUGAUUGGCCCCGCCUCCAGUCCUGCUUCUGGGUCCACAGUCAGUCAUAUAUGUGGGGAAAAAGAGAUCCCUCACAUCAAGAUUGGUCCUGAGGAGACUCCACGCUUGCCCUACCUGCGCUUUGCCUCGGUGACGCUGUAUCCUAGCAACGAGGACUUGAGCUUGGCCAUCGGUGCCAUACUGCGUUCUUUCAGUUAUCCGACGGCCAGCCUGAUCUGUGCCAAAGCGGAGUGCCUGCUGCGAUUGGAGGAGCUGGUGCGUCACUUCCUCAUCUCCCGGGAAACGCUCUCCGUGAGGAUGCUUGAUGAGAACUUGGACCCCACACCUCUGCUGAAAGAAAUACGUGACGACAAAGUUGCCACGAUUAUCAUUGACGCUAAUGCAUCAGUGUCUAUUCUAAUACUGAAGAAGGCCUCAGAAUUGGGCAUGACAUCAGCCUUCUACAAGUACAUCCUCACCACAAUGGAUUUCCCUCUGUUAAGGUUGGAUGAUGUGGUCAAUGAUCAGACAAAUAUCGUUGGCUUCUCCAUGUUGAACAUCAGUCAUCCUUUCUACUUAGAGUUCAUCAGGAGUCUAAACCUGUCAUGGAGAGAAGGCUGUGAUCUCAGCCCUUACCCCGGACCAGCGUUGUCGUCGGCGCUGAUGUUCGACGCGGUUCACGUGGUGGUCGGCGCGGUACGAGAGCUGAACCGCAGUCAGGAGAUCGGCGUGAAACCUCUCAGCUGCACCUCCUCGCUCAUCUGGCAGCACGGCACCAGUUUAAUGAACUACCUGCGCAUGGUAGAAUAUGACGGCCUGACAGGUCGCAUCGAGUUCAACAGCAAAGGCCAGCGCACCAACUACACUCUGCGUAUUCUUGAAAAAUUCAAGGGGGGUCACAAAGAGAUUGGUGUCUGGUACUCUAAUAAAACACUGGCUAUGAACUCCACAUCUUUAGACCUCAACACAUCCGAAACUUUAGCCAACAAGACGCUAAUCGUCACCACGAUACUGGAAAACCCGUACAUGAUGCGCAAGGCAAAGUACCAGGAGUUCCAGGGAAACGAUCAGUACGAGGGAUUCUGUGUGGAUAUGCUGCGGGAGCUGUCGGAUAUUUUGAAGUUCUCUUACCGGAUCAAGUUAGUGGAUGACGGGCUGUAUGGAGCUCCAGAACCGAACGGGUCAUGGACCGGCAUGGUGGGAGAACUCAUCAACCGGAAAGCAGAUCUGGCAGUCGCUGGAUUUACCAUUACGUCAGAGAGGGAGAAAGUCAUCGAUUUCUCUAAACCUUUCAUGAACCUGGGCAUCAGUAUCCUGUACCGUGUUCACAUAGGCAGGAAGCCCGGUUAUUUCUCCUUCUUGGAUCCCUUUUCGCCAGCUGUCUGGCUCUUUAUGCUUUUAGCCUAUCUGGCUGUUAGCUGUAUACUUUUCCUGGCAGCCAGGCUGAGCCCAUAUGAGUGGUACAACCCCUUCCCGUGUUGGCGGGACCGCAGGGAUCUUCUGGAGAACCAGUACACACUGGGGAACAGCCUGUGGUUUCCUAUCGGUGGUUUCAUGCAGCAGGGCUCAGAGAUCAUGCCCCGGGCCCUGUCCACACGCUGCGUCAGCGGAGUUUGGUGGGCCUUUACGCUGAUCAUCAUCUCCUCCUACACGGCGAACCUGGCAGCGUUCCUGACGGUUCAGAGGAUGGAGGUGCCGAUCGAAUCUGCCGACGACCUGGCCGAUCAGACGAACAUCCAGUACGGCACUAUUCAGGGAGGAAGUACCAUGACCUUCUUCAUGAACUCGCGCUACCAGACGUACCAGCGCAUGUGGAAUUACAUGUACUCCAAGCAGCCCAGCGUGUUCGUGAAGAGCACGGAGGAGGGCAUAGCGCGGGUUUUAAACUCCAAGUACGCCUUUCUUCUGGAGAGCACCAUGAACGAGUACUACCGUGUUCUGAACUGCAACCUCACGCAGAUCGGAGGUCUGUUGGACACCAAGGGCUACGGCAUUGGAAUGCCUUUGGGUUCUCCGUUCAGAGACGAGAUCACGUUAGGUGUGUUACAACUGCAGGAGAACAACAGAUUAGAGAUUCUGAAACGCCGAUGGUGGGAGGGGGGCAAGUGUCCUAAGGAGGAAGACCAUCGAGCCAAAGGUUUGGGUAUGGAGAACAUCGGAGGAAUCUUCGUGGUGCUGAUAUGUGGGCUCAUAAUAGCUGUUUUUGUGGCCAUUAUGGAGUUUGUGUGGUCCACACGCCGGUCGGCAGAGACAGAUGAGGUACGCCCUCACUCCUGCAGCGCCCGAAAACACAGACACGCCAGAGUGUCAGUAUGUCAGGAGAUGAUGACGGAAUUCCGAAACGUUAUCUCCUGUAAAAAGAACUCCCGUUUACGACGCCGACGACCCCUCUCGUCCCACGGCAUCCUCCGUCACCCGGCCCGUCUCCCUCUGGGAGCCCCCAGGCCCGUACGUCUGGUACGAGAGAUGCGUCUCAGCAACGGCAAACUGUACAGCGGGGCGGGCACGUUAACCGGAGCCUCGACCGUCCCGGGACCUGUCGGGGUUCCUGCAGAAAUUGGGUCGGGCCCUCAACGACUGCUGGAGGACCCUCUCGGUGCCAACAUCUCUAACACCGCGCCCUCUCUGGUUCCCGCUUCGAUUCCCGCUCCGGCCCCCCGAGGCUGCACGCACGUACGAGUGUGCCAGGAGUGCCGUCGAAUCCAGAGCCUCCGUUCCACGUCCGCUUGCUCUCGUAUCGCCCAGCUGGCCUCCGCCACGUCCUCUCUCCCUCGUCUGCCCCCGCCGCCCUCCGCUUCCAUUACAAACACAGACAGCGAGGGAGGGGGCUCGGGCAGCCCCCGCAGGCCCAAACCCACGCCCCCUCCCAGGCCGUUACCGCCCGCUAAAACGCCCUCUACCGAUCUGCUCUGUAAGCAAGACUGAGGUACAUGCGAGAUGAUGAAUGUGCGGCUCGCUGGAGGACAGACAGACACGCGUCAAGUCGAGACUCACAAAUAGCUGUGCCGACACCUCCAGUCAAGGUGACCUCUGGGAUACUGCAGAAAUAUGGGCCGUUUUGGCGGCACCUCAGACUGAUGCGAAAUUAAAUUAAUGGAAACCGAGCGGAUGAUUCAGCCAACCUCUUCCUUUCCAAGUGUCCAGUUUAACGCUGUCAUGCAAUGGCACGGGGAGGAAUGUGAGGUUUGGCAGACUGUUGAGACUACGUAAUGCAUAUCCCACGAAAGAAUGCUAUGCAACAUAAGCGGAUAAACCAAGAAGAACCGAAGGAAUGCCGUUUGAUUUUACGAUGGAUUAUGCUCCUGUGAGGACCAUUCAGUCAGACUCAACAAAUGUGUGCACAUAGAACUGAAAUCGUGUUAAUUUCCUUUUUUUCUUUCUCUAAUAGUGAAUCAAAGGGGGGGAUGUAAAGCUUCGCUCUUUUUAUUCCUAAAGGUCACUUGCUUCUUUUCAUUUUUAGCUUUUCGGUUUGUUUAUUUAAAACUUUUUUUUAACGAUAGCUCUUUUUCCUCCUGUCGGUGUCUCUAUAGACAAGUCUUUUCGAUUUUUCUAUGUUUUGAGGGGGAGGUGUUAUGGUUGGGAAUGGUUUGUUUUGAGCGUAUCUCUGAGAAACUGAAAUCUCCAAAACAGUCAAGGAUUAAAGUCAACAUGAAUCAUUUACCUCCAUACUGCGACAUUUAAAUGAACGAUGACUUGAUUGGAACCGUAAUGUCUGAACGUCAGGUUUACCCUUCAAAGCAUUUACAUUUGACAGACGCUUUUAUCCAAAGCGAGAUUUUGUGCAUUCAAGGUCCAUUUUUGCCUGGGAAUCAAACCCGAUGACCCGUACGAUGCUUAUGCAAUUCUUUACCAAUUUAGACUUUCCAAUUCCUGCAUUAACUAUAGGCAAGAAAGGCUUUGUUACAUAUAACACUAGCCUGAUGUAAUGCCUUAACUAGCUGUUAGCUAGUAGCUGUAUUAGCUGUAGCGGGAAUACUGGUUAACACGAACUAGUGCUGCCUACUGUAGAUGAUGUCAUUCGGGGAAAACAAAUGCGGUUUCAGAUGCGGUUAUUAAAAUUAAAUGAAAGAUGAUGGAGUAUUAUAGACCAAUGCUUUUUCUUUGGAAUAAUGUGCACCGAUCGAGCAUAAUAAGAGCCUUCUAUUAAGAAAGUAAUUGGGGUCAAUUUCGACUUCAUGUUGACUUUAACAAGAUUUGAAAUUCUAGGCAGAUCGCAUAAUGUAAGUACACAAGGAAACACGUCUCAUUUGCAGAACAAUGACAAGAACAAACGAGACGGAGGACCUUUUGUGCACCUGUAGGCCUGUGUGAUGCUGCGAUGGGCCGAAUAAUGAUACUUCUCAUUACAGAACUAAAUGAGCAACUGUCACGAGUUAUUUGUUGAAACGCACCAGAGGUUGCUGUCUGUGUGGUAAAAUUUCAAUAUCCAUUUAUAUCCCCCCAAAAAACCCAGCAGUACUAUUUUCAGUCUCCAGAAUUAUAGCAUUCAUAUGUUGGUGCUUUUGGGUGUGUGUGUGUGUGUGCGUGUGUGUGUGUGUGUGUGUGUGUGUGUGUGUGUGUGUGUGUGUGUGUGUGUGUGUGUGUGUGUGUGUGUGUGUGUGUGUGUGUGUGUGUGUGUGUGUGUGUGUGUGUGUUUGAAUAAGGGUCACAUGGGGUAUGAGGCUGUUUGUGAUUAAUUUUUUUAUCCAAGCUGAUUUUUUAUUUCCUCAUUAAUUUUCAGAGAUUUCUAUUCCAGUGCUUGAUGAAUCGCACCCACGAUGAAGAUAUCAAGUAAAUGAUUGAGAUUAUAUUGUUAUUAAUAUUCAAAUAAAAAUGUGGGUUAUGUAGGAGGGCUGUUUCCCUCUUUGGUUAAAUAUACGGUAUAGACACGUUUGGAAUAAAACUGUGAUUCAAACUGUGACUUUUGCUCUGCGUG